GGGGUACCAACAAUUUUGUCCACGUGUGUAGCUAAUAGGGUGAUAUUCUCUUUCUGUGUUGCUCGUGACUGUUUACAAAUAAUUCAGGGGUUAGUGGAAUCAAUCGACAAAAUCAAUAUGGAUUACGUCCAAAUGUUACCUCAGAACAGUAUUGUUUUGUUGUUAUAAUUUCGUUGUUAAAUGAUCAAAACGAAAUGUAAAGCAACCGUUUCAUUCAUUUAGGGUGCCGUCUAUGUGCUGGGGGUAGCAGUGGCUGAGUCACAACGCUCUGUGACUCUGUGAUGUCAACGUUAUUUUUGAUAUUAUACAACAAACAUACAAGGACUACAAUCCACCAGAACACCGGUUCCUUGGACUUGGCCAAAAUGUCAGUCACUGUGACAGAUUUCCUACGAGAUCGGGGGGUCCCAGAGGAAGCUCUCACACUCAUGGAGGAGCAAAAGAUUGACAUCGAUGUGAUCCGGCUUAUGGAUGAUUCAGCUUUGGCCAACUACAUUCCCUCAUAUGGAGACAGAAUUGCACUUUUCAAUUUUUGCAAAAAUCAACAGCCAGUCUCAAAACGCAAACUGGGUCUUCUUGAAAGGCUGAGGGAGAAAAUGAAGAUAAGAAGGGAAAACAAAGAAAGUGAAGAGGAGCCACAAACCUCUGAACUGCGUUCCAGAUGAAAGUUAACUACAUGCACUAUUGAGAUAGCUUGGAUACACAAAGUAAAAAAUGAAACUAAACAGGUUAGAGCCAAACAAGGACGGUGCACCAGAAAGGUUGUUAUGGACAUCAAUGCUGGAUUUAAUGAGAUCCUGAAAGAGGGGAAGAGUCUUUUUUUUCCCAAAAAAAAGGUGUUUCAAGUAAAGGCCAUGAAUCAGACUUUACAUUUGAUGUCUGGGACUUUCAACAAAACUCUUUUUCUGAAGAUGUCUCAAUUGACACCAUAUAUGACACAGUAAAACUACCAAAGCUGAGAUUCUACAUUGCCACUCAGCCAAAACCACGAUCAAUUGAAAAUGCCUGUAGCACAGAACUCACAGACAAUGAUUUGAGCUUUGAGGAGCAGGAUGAAGUUAUUGAGAUUUCUGAAAGCCAGUCCUUAUGUCUGUCGCACAGUUUCUCAGAUCAAGACCAGACAAGCAGCCUUUAUCACCAUAAUGUCACAGAUCUUUCUGCUGCAAAUCCCCCAGUCAUCACAGAUCAGCCAGCAUUCUCAGAGAUCCACUAUAUUUUAGAAGGAGCCAUCACGUAUGAUAAUUCUGACCCUGAAAUUACAUUUGGCCCGCACACAGAUGCUGAGGCUGAGUUUGCUAAAGAUGACACACUAAUUUAUCAGCCUGAAUCACCUGACCAUCCAACUUUACCCAAAAUUAUUACGAUACACCAUGCAAAUUGCUUCAGUGGCAUGAUUGAAGCAUUUUCUGACUCUCAGAUUCUGACCAGACCACUGGAAAUUAGGCGAUUACUACCAGAUCAUUCUGAGGAAGCUGGUAGUGGGUCAGGGCUUCUCAGAGAUGUUUUUAGUGCAUUUUGGAAGGAGUUCUAUGGCCGCUGCACACUUGGGACAACAUUGAAAGUCCCCUUCAUCAGACAUGAUUUCAAGGCCGACACCUGGAAAGCCAUUGGCAGAAUUUUUUUGAGAGGAUACAAUGAUUGCCACUACCUUCCCAUUAAGCUUGCACCUCCUUUCAUUGAGGAAAGGUUGUUUGGAGCUGUGUGCAGUGACCUGACGGAAGUCUUCCUUCAGUUCACAAGCUGCCAAGAGAGAGAGAGAUCCCUCAUGCAAGCUUUACAAGACUUCUCUUCUGUUGACCCUGAUAACCUUUUGGAGGUCCUCAACAACUACGAAUGCAGAAGAAGAGUCUCAGCAGACACCUUUCCAGCAAUUCUGGAAGAAAUUUCCCACAAAGAACUUGUGCAAAAGCCUAACUUUGUAAUUGAUUGUUGGAGGGACAUCGCAAAACCACAGAUGAGUCUCAGUUAUGAAAAGCUGACAAAGAUGUAUGCUGACCUUAAACCAACAACUAAGAAGGUGUCAAGGCUGUUGAAGUUGCCAGCAGAUAUGACAGCCAAGCAAAAAGAGGUCGAACAUCAUCUCAGACGGUAUGUUAGGGAACUGGAUGAAGCAAAACUGGGAAAAUUUCUAAGAUUCUGUACAAGGUCCGAUUUAAUUGUGUCAGACAGUAUCAUUAUUGAAUUCCUAGUCAUGUCUGAUUUCACAAGACGUCCAAUUGGACGAACAUGUGGAAUGUUCCUACAGCUACCAGAGUGCUAUGAUAAUUGUUCAGACUUUCAUGCUGAAUUCAAUGAAAUUCUUGACAGCUGUUAGAGUUGAAUUUGUAAAUACAUUUAUCAUAAUCGAGCCUUAGAGCAUUAACUGUGUGUGCAUAGUAUUUUACAUGACUAUUUUUAUAGAAUACCACUCACUCACUCCUAUCUGCACAUAUCUCUCCUUCUCUCUCUCUCCCUAGUCUCCACAUCCCAGUAUAUUUCCACUCUUUCAGCUUAGCACACCCCCUUGUGUAACUCAAGCUAUUUCUUAUCUUAUGCUAUGUUUUCAUUCCUGCUGGUGUAUAAAAUAAACUUCGUAUGGGAGCAGUCUUUGUAGCUCGUACUAAUGUGUCUUGUUACACUGUGCUGUGUUACCCUUGCAAGUAAAAUUACAGUCUCCGUGUUCUUCUGAUUUGGUGAAUAUCUUCUUAUGUUAUGUGGGAGCUCUCAGCGGAGCUUCUCUCUGACAACAGCAAUGUGUGGGUGAUGGACACACAGUAUGUGGCCUUUCAACCAUGAUUGUGGCCAUACUGCUUCCUAGCAAACAGUUGAAAAUGAUGCUCAAAAAAUACUAAAGCAAUCAUUUUAUUUACUAUGAAAGUUUUAUUAGCAGAGUUUGUUUUCCAAUGUCCCGCAUUCAUAUAUUAUGUGAGGGAAUAAUAUAUUACAAAUGUCGGAUGUUCUGACUUUGUGCCAAGUUAAAUCUUAAAUGCUACAGCACAUUUAGUCAACUGUUAUGACAAUCUUUAUGUUAGGCUGAUACAUUUAAUUCCUUCUGUGUUUAUGACAAAAUUUUACUCAGUUGACACACGAAGUGCAAUUAUUCUUGUCUUCAGGUGUCCUGUAUUCAUGAAGUAACAAAGAAAUUGUCCUAUAAAUUGUUUAAAUGUUAGAUGUUGUGAGACAGUUUCCCUUUUAAAUACCUGUCCAGCACUAUAUUGUAUAUUUCUUCAUAUGCUGUGCAAUUUACAGUUACUGCAUAAAUGCUAGCAGCUGUUGUUUAAAUGCUGUGAUUUUUUUCCCCCAAUUUGAAAAUGUUCUUUUUUUGUGAUUUUAAUUUAUUAAUUUUAAUUUAUGAAACCACCACAGACAUGUGUUGCAGGUCAGCUUUUUUGUUUGUUUGUUUUUUACUGCACUUCAGAUAUUCUAUGAAUAAGGUGGUGUAUUUGUUUGCAUUUUUUUACCAAUUUAAGUACAGGAUGUCCUACAAAAUAUGCUGGUAAUAAAAACAAAUACAAGUUUGCUAAUGUAGCCAAGAAAAAAAGAAAUAAGUUGUGUGAAGGCUCUGGGGGUUCUGCUUUUAUUACAAAUGAGCCAAGCCAUGUUCACAAUUUGUUAAUAAACGACAGUUCAACUUA